GAAGCGACGACGAAUCGAAGAGUAUCAAACACAAGACUUGUCGGCCUCGUCCAAUCAGUUUCGUUCGGUAUUACCGGGGAACGCGUUCCGUACGGAACGCGAGAGCUUUCGGGGAGUCUCGUGAAGUAUACACACGGGAUUUCAUAUCGAAAAUCUCCAGUGAUAUAAAGUCCGGUUCUCGUAAGUUCUCGAUCGCGCACAGUCGUGUAAAAUGAAGAUGGCUGCCGAGGUGAGGUGGCUCGCGCUAUUUAUCAUUUUCCUCGCAAUAACCUUUACAAACGGAAAUUUGUUUCAUCGUAAAUUCGAGUACAAGUACUCGUUCAAGCCGCCCUAUCUCGCUCAAAGGGACGGUUCCGUACCAUUCUGGGAAUACGGUGGAAAUGCAAUCGCGAGCGCUGAAAACGUCAGAAUCGCAUCCUCGCUGAGGAGCCAAAAAGGUGCAAUAUGGACGAAACAACCGAUUAAUUUCGACUGGUGGAGCGUCGAUCUCGUGUUUCGUGUUACCGGAAGGGGCAGAAUCGGUGCUGACGGUCUUGCAUUUUGGUACACCGCUUCUAAAGGCGCCUACAAUGGCACCGUAUUCGGAAGCUCCGACAUGUGGAACGGCCUCGGAAUAUUUUUCGACUCCUUCGACAAUGACAAUAAGCACAAUAAUCCUUACAUCAUGGCUGUUGUUAAUGAUGGAACACUCAUGUUCGACCAUACCAACGAUGGAACGACCCAAUUGUUGGCUGGUUGUUUGAGAGACUUCCGUAACAAACCCUUCCCCACUCGUGCCAAAAUAGAAUAUUACCAGAACACUUUAACGGUUCUGUUCCACAAUGGAAUGACAAAUAAUCUUCAAGACUAUGAAAUGUGUUUCCGGGUUGAGAAUGUUUUUCUUCCUAAGGGUGGAUAUUUUGGAGUUUCUGCGGCAACAGGUGGUCUGGCGGACGAUCAUGACGUCCUGCACUUUUUAACGGACUCGCUUCAUGUUCCUGGUCAAAUGCCUUUGGAUGGAAGACAAGUUUCCCAGGAAGACGAAAACAAGAUAACCAAAGAGUACCAGGAUUAUGCGAAGAAGCUUGAGCAGCAAAAGGAAGAUUACUUCAAAACGCAUCCUGAUGCGAAAGCAGGAAAGGAUGAAUUCGACGAAUGGUUCGAGGCUCCCAACGAACGAGAAUUGCGUCAAAUUUACGCUGCGCAUUCUCAAAUGUCUGAAGUUCUUAAAGUAAUGGAUCGUAAAUUGGACGAAGUUGUCGGCAGACAAGAGAGAACUCUCAGUCUCAUAUCGCAAGUACAGGUUGGAGGUGUCCAAACAGCGGGUCAACCGGGACAACCGGUGCUCAUCGACACGAUCCGUCGCCAAGAGGUAGAAGCUGUAUUAACAAACCAAAAUGUCAUACUCAACACCGCGAGAGAGAUCAAAUCUUUCGUUGGCGAAGUGCACUCGAAGGCAGAUACAAUAAUAAACAAUCAACUUCGAGCACCCACAGCACAGGUACAGCCGAUAGGUUACGAUUACCAAUCGCUCAUAUCCGAGAUGAGAGACGGUCUAAACACGUUGAAGCGAGACGUGACACAAACAAACGCGAAACUUGGAAGUCAAACGGGUGAUUGUCCAAAUGGAAAUUGUCUAACGACAACAAUGUUCCUCGUAUUCCUUGCAAUCCAAAUGGUUAUAUUGCUCGGUUACAAUAUUUACAAGGACAAUAAAGAAGCACAGGCGAAGAAAUUCUACUGAAACUGUACGUCAAGUGGGACGUGCGACUGGAGAGACUCGAAAAACAAAUAAAAAUGUAGAAAGAGUCAAAAGAAUAAGAGGAGUAGUGGAGGGCGCUACGGUCGCUGUUUUACUGAGGCCGCUGUAGAUGGCGGCACCGAGGCGAUUGAAAAAUACAACGGGUUCAAAGAAACAUCAGUUUUUUUUCAUUUUUUUUACAUGCAACAUUAUUAUAAGAUAUAGAGCAACUUAAUAAUAAAAUAUCAUCAUGUUACGAAUGUUAUUACGUUCCGAACAACUCAUCACUUUUGGGCGCUCAAAUCUACAAAUUCGUCGUGAUUUCGAAUGGGCUUGGGUCGUGGCGUCAUCUCUCGUCGAUUUCCAAACAAUGCGACAGAUUUCAGUCAUUUAUGUGUUUGCUUGUAACUUGACUGUGCGAAAAAAAACGAUAAUUUUUUAACGUUUUUCGUUCGAAAACAACACGUUUUACAAUUUUUCCCACAUUUUUCCUCGUCUCGCAAUUCGUUCAUAUGAAUUCGCUUAGCGUAUAUAUAUUUUUGUACUCUCACGCGAUAUUUCUUUCAGUCAUUGCGUAUUUUUUUCUUCCGCGACGUUGUUGUUUUUUUUCUCGUACUUCGUCCGACAACGCUGGGGUUGCGUUCGUUACAUUCUUCUGACAUUUUUUUCCAUCGUGUAUACUUUCGCAUUCCUGCGAUUACAAAUUUUUAAUUUAUAAGUAGAAAGGGCUGAGGAAAUUAUAAAUCAAUGAAAUUAUCACAAUAAUAUAUAUAUAUAUAUAUAUCGAUAUAUAUAAAUACAUACUCAAUGUCCAUGAAUAGUACCUACAAAAUCCCAUUCUGUCUUCUAUUCGAUUAAUAUAUGUUUGCACGAAUAUAUAUAUGUAUAAAUAUAUAUAUAUUGUUGUAAAUUAGAUUAAGAAUGUAUUAGGCCGUUAAAAUGUGUCCGAAAAGUAUGAAAUUUGUAAAAAUCGUUUUUACCAGUGUUUUCGAGAAGUAAAAUCGUAAAUGGAUUCGUUAUUGUAUAUUCGGUCUAAAUGAAUGUGUAUAAUUGAUUUAAUGAAGGAGAACAAAAAAUGGAAAUCAAA